AUGAAUCAUUCAUCUAACCUGAACUCCUUGAAUUCCACCCUCUCUCUAAAUACAGCUGUUGUGCAUCCCCCAUUUUUUUUCAUUAAUGGUUUUCACAACAUACCCUAUGCCAAAUACUACUAUGUUUUCCUAUGCUUUGUUUUUGUGGUCUCUGUGUUGGGGAACUCCUUUGUCAUAUUUGUUAUAUAUAUAGAGCGCAGUUUUCACACCCCAAAGUAUAUGGGCGUAUUUAAUUUGGCUGUAGCUGACUUCGGUGAAAGCACUGCUCUUAUUCCAAAUUUAAUUGCAAUGUUUCUUUUUGAUUCCCAGUACAUCUCCUAUGAUGCUUGCUUGGCCAACAUGUUUUUUGUAUUUUACUUUUCCUUUUUGCAAGCUCUCAUUCUUACCAUUCUGGCAUAUGAUAGAUUGGUGGCAAUAUGCUUUCCACUGAGAUACCAUGCCAUUGUCACAAUGCCAGCCAUUGCUGUGAUGUUAGCAGCGGCAUGGGGAAUUACUGCACUUUUCAUUAUUUUAUUAGCUACUUUAAUUACCAGGUUGUCCUUUUGUAAAUCCAUAGUGGUAAAAAGCUACUUCUGUGAUCAUGGACCCAUUUUCCGUUUGGCAUGCAAUGACUAUCUGCCAAAUUAUAUAAUGGCAUAUGUUUGCAUAACAUUGUUCCUUUAUUUACCAUUAGUUUUGACUGUACUGUCAUAUGUGUUUAUUGCAGGUGCUCUCUUUAAAAUCUCUUCACAGGAAGGGCGGUUUAAAGCCAUUAAGACUUGUUCUGCACACCUAAUGCUGGUGGCUAUAUAUUAUCUUCCAAUAAUAGGCACAUACCUUGCUGUGGAAGCUGGUACCCUUCAUCCAAAUGCCAGGGUAAUCAAUACAUCACUUGCAAUGGCCCUUCCUCCCAUGAUGAACCCAAUCAUUUAUGUCCUGAACACAGAAGAGGUUAAGGAAUUCUCAAAAAAACUUUUCAAAAGAACAACAGUGUACUCUGAACUAGAAGAAAAUAGAAAGCAAUGUGUCCCAGUACACAGUUUGGUGUCUGGGGAUGUUGUCCUGGGGGUCUGUGACGAAUUCCCAGUAGACGGUGUUUCCCUUAUUUUGGUAAAUGAUUUGGCGGGUGAUCAGGUAUCGGUGCUCCUCCUGGUGGUGGAGAAUCCAGUCGCCUGUGGGGAGGAGGACGAGCUUGGUCGGCAGUUCCCCAAAGUAUUUUCCUUGUCUGUUUUUAUCCGGUCAAUGACUCUGUCUAGUAAGGACAAAGCCGAAUGUGAUCAGUGUAGAUGA